AUGGGAACCGUAUUGGUGCAGUGCCAUUUGAGAGAGUCCCAUGAACGGAGGUCAUUGGAGAUCUUGGAACCACCUGGUUUGGAGGAAAGCAAGUACGAAUCACUGUUGUAUCCAGUGGAAGAAACGGACCAGAGCUGGCCCUCGCCGCGCGUCUCUGCAGUCACUGGCAUCGCGGCUAUUUCAAUGGAUGAUUACGUGGGACAACUAUGGGAUCAUUGUUGGAAAGUUGAUCCGAGCACUUUUGGAGCGUUAUAUUUGUGGACAGCUGCUUGGUAUAUAGAUCUGGGGAACGCUUAUAACAUUCACAUUGCUCCACCGCAGCCGUCUGGGGAAUACAUGACGAAUUGGCGCAUGAGGUGGAGACCUUCGUGGAACGCCGCAGUAAUGUGCCAAUUGAUUAUAUUACUCCUCACGAUCCUCAGCAAAAGUUUUGCGAUGGCGGGUGGAUAUGAUACAAGGCGCCAGAGGGAACUAUCUGCUUUCUUCAGUCGUCUGAGGCGGGAGGCAGCAUUUUUGAAGAAGUUUAUUUACAUUCAAAAUUCGGGGGUCUGA